CUUUCUAGUAACUUCCCCGAAGCGCUGCGUCAUCAGUCCGCGCCGCGGCCAGGCCGGGGUAUUUCCGCCCGGUGCUGCGGGAGCGGGCAGAGCCCGGUGGGGUGAGGCGAGAGCUAGGGAGGGCUGGGCUCGUCCGGAGCUGCCGCACGUUAGGAGCUGGCCCGGCCCCGCUCACCAUGUCAGACAGCGCAGACAGCCCCGCGGAGCGCCGCAGCCCCCCGGAAUCCCCUGCCCAGGGCUCAGCUGCCGACGAACCACGGAUCAUCAAAGUCACGGUGAAGACUCCCAAAGAGAAAGAGGAGUUCUCGGUUGCCGAAACCAGCAGCAUCCGGCAGUUUAAGGAAGAAAUUUCUAAGCGUUUCAAGUCCCAUAUCGAUCAGCUUGUACUCAUAUUUGCUGGAAAAAUAUUGAAAGAUCAAGAUACUUUGACUCAGCAUGGGAUUCACGAUGGACUCACUGUUCACCUGGUUAUCAAAACACAAAACAGAUCACAAGACCACCAAGCUCAGCAAACACACACCAGUGGGAGUACCGCUACCACAUCAACAUCAAGUAGUAGUACCUCAACACCAGCUUCAACAAAUAGUAACACUUUUGGUGUGGGUGGCCUUGGAGGUUUGGCAGGCCUGAGUAGCCUGGGCUUAAACACAUCAAGCUUUUCAGAGUUGCAAAGUCAGAUGCAACGGCAACUCAUGUCCAACCCAGAAAUGAUGGUUCAGAUAAUGGAAAAUCCAUUUAUUCAGAAUGUGCUUUCAAAUCCUGACCUGAUGAGGCAAUUAAUCAUGGCUAACCCUCAAAUGCAGCAACUGAUACAGAGAAAUCCAGAAAUUGGACAUAUGCUGAAUAAUCCAGAUAUAAUGAGGCAGACAAUAGAACUUGCUAGAAACCCUGCAAUGAUGCAGGAAAUGAUGCGAAACCAAGACCGAGCCUUGAGCAACCUUGAAAGUAUACCAGGUGGAUACAAUGCUUUGCGACGUAUGUAUACAGAUAUUCAGGAGCCAAUGUUGAAUGCAGCACAGGAACAGUUUGGAGGUAACCCAUUUGCUUCUUUAGUAAGCAAUGCAUCAUCAGGAGGGGACAGUCAGCCAUCUCGUACAGAAAAUAGAGAUCCUUUACCAAAUCCUUGGGCUCCUCAGUCCAAUUCUCAGAGUUCCACGACAAGUACCAGCACAAGUGGUGAGAACGUUGACAGUAGUAAUGCUGGAAAUAACACCUCUGGCAGUACGGGACAGACCUCAACCAUACCAAAUUUGGGACCUGGACUAGGAGCCGGUAUGUUCAACACACCAGGAAUGCAGAGCUUGUUGCAACAGAUAACUGAAAACCCACAACUUAUGCAGAAUAUGUUGUCAGCACCCUAUAUGAGAAGCAUGAUGCAAUCGUUAAGCCAGAAUCCCGAUCUUGCUGUACAGAUGAUGUUGAAUAAUCCUCUGUUUGCUGGCAAUCCGCAACUUCAGGAGCAAAUGAGACAACAGCUUCCUACUUUCCUACAGCAAAUGCAGAAUCCUGACACAUUAUCAGCUAUGUCAAACCCUAGAGCAAUGCAGGCUUUGCUACAGAUCCAGCAGGGCUUGCAGACACUGGCAACAGAAGCACCGGGACUUAUACCAGGAUUUAAUCCGGGUUUAGGUGGAUUGGGAAGCACUGGAGCUCCUACAGGGUCCAGUGUACCUAGUUCUGUUCCCAGUGACAAUACAAGUCCAGCAUCUGGAGCUGCUGAACCCAGUCACCAGCAGUUUGUCCAGCAGAUGUUGCAGGCACUUGCUGGUGCAAAUGCUCAGCAGUUCCAAAAUCCAGAAGUUAGAUUUCAGCAACAACUGGAGCAGCUGAGUGCAAUGGGCUUUCUGAACCGCGAAGCAAACCUGCAAGCGCUAAUAGCAACGGGUGGAGACAUCAAUGCAGCUAUUGAAAGGCUCCUUGGCUCUCAGCCUUCAUAGCAGUGUUUCUUUAACUUGAAAAAACGUAAUUUAUUUUUGAUAACAGCUCUUAAAUCUUUAAAAUACUUGCUUUUAUUUCAUUCUGACUCUUGGGAUUGUCUUGUUAUAACUAAAAUCAAUCUACAUUUUAAGGUGGAGUGCAGUAGUUUUCUGCAAACAAUGGGGAUCAGUGAAUUUUCUCUCAGUUGUUGCAUGCAUCACACAUCUUCUGUUUUGCAUUAUUUGUGAUUUUUUGAAACUAUAUCAGCUUUCACAGUUGCGUGAACGGGUUUUGUAUCACUUGCAACUGUCCAGUUUAUUUCCUGCUUAAACAUUAGCCUUCAGUAGUAAUUUAAUGUAGACUACAAAUUAAAAAGGAAAAAAAUUGAUUGAAGCUAUAAUUUGUGGGUACCAAUACUGCUUAUUGUGAUUUCAGCAUGUAUUUCUUUUUUUUGCUAGCAGAACACUGUAAGAUUUAUACCACUUGAGUAAUCUACCAUUUUUGCUUUAAUUUGUAUAAACACCGUAUAUACAAUGGAGACAGCUCAUUUCUAGAAAUUUACACACUGCAAUAGAAUAAAAUUAUAAGUAACCAAAAAAGCCAGGAAAAAAAAAGUUAUAUGCCGUGUUUUCAGUGUAGAAUCUUCCAGCCUCUUUGGUAACCAUCUCAGCAAAAAAGCUUAAGCAAGUUAAUUUAAAAUACUACAAUUACUGUUCUGGUUGUCUCUCUAAAUCUAAUGACAGAAACUUGCAUUGUAAAAUUGUCUCAGUAUUCACAAAGAUUAAUUGUAAAUUACUUUAAUUGUUGUGCAAAUUAAAGAGGUACUGCCUUGUGCUCAGAAACAGCUUCUAAGGCUUUUUGGUUUGUUUCAUCAAGAUUCUAACAUGUAUUGAUUUUGUAAUUGGAAACAUCAGUCUCACACAUUGUUGUCAUGUGAUACUCUAAUUACUUUCAAGCUCCGUGUAAAAAAGACUAUAUCUUCUGAGGUUUUACUUGUAGUAACCUCUACUGUGCACAGAUAAUAAAUAAAUUCAAAAAUCUUUCUGCA